ACGUUGCUGGGUGUUUACGCCCGAAGCCUGCCCUGGGCCCCCCACCUCUGCGCCCCGGAGCCCCCCGGAGCCUCGGAGUCCGCGCCCCACAGCUUCGCAGCAGCUGAUGGCGCCGCAGCCCGGCCGCGCUCUGCGGAUCCAUGAGAGCAGCUAGCGCGGGAGAAGAGCUCUUCCCGAGACCCAGCGAGGCCCGGGCCCGGCCCGGUGGCUCUCUCGGGUCCGCAGGUGGGGCCCAGGCCUGGGUUGCCAUGGAUACCGUGUCCCUGGAGCAUCAGAUCCAGAGCGUGCAACGCCACAUCAGCUUCCUGAAGAAGGAGCAGAUGGCCCUGCUUCGAGACCUGCACCUGGAGAUCCUGAGGCUGCAGAAACGCUGCUCAGAGCUGACCCACGACCUGGAGAUGAGAGAGGUCCAGUCUCACCAGCAAGAGGAGGCGUCCCGUGAACUGGAGGGCAAGUGCCGCGCGCUGGAGUCGCAGCUGGAGGCACGGGCGGCGGCCAACGCGGAGCUGCGGCGGGAGGUGGCGCAGCGGGAGGCGCUGGUGUCCGCGCUGCGCUGCAGCCUGCGCUCGGAGGAGCGCCGCUUUCUGGAGGAGCUGCGCCGCCGCAGCCACCGCGCCACGGUGCUGGGCACCGAGCUGCAGAAGCACACCGAGGCGGCCGCCUACCUCUCCUGCCAGCUGCACGCCGCGCGCCAGAGACUGCAGGCUCCCCGCUCUGGCGCCUCGGCCGCCGAGCCCCGGGUCCGCCGGCGUGCACAACGGGCUCGCCGUGCUCCCGAGGCGGCCGCCAAGGCUCCGGGCCGGGACUGGGCGACCUGGGAAGACGCCGAUCCCAUGCCGGACCCAGCGCUCUUUCUCUACCCACGGAGGCCGCCGCGGCCCAGCGCCCGUGGCCCUCGCCCUCUGCAACGCCAGGAGAUGCGGGACCAAGACGCCCUGCACCCCGUGCCACACCAGGAGCCCCGGUACCGAGGCGGCCCACACCCGGGGCCCAGCGAGAGCCCAGCCGCCGCGCCCAGCGCCCCGGGGGAUCCUGAGUAGGCGCAGGGCUGGCGGCGGCAACCGGGAAAGCAGGCCUGGCCAGGCGGGAUCAGGGAUGGGGUGGAGUCCAGCCGGCAGAUCCGCCCCAGCUCCGCCACUCGCUAGAGCCGCCCCCGCUUGUGUGUUUCCCGAGAUGAACCGUCUUCUCCGGAGAGGGAGCUCCUUUGCAGAGGCAACGCCAAAGCAACGCACCUUUUUUUGUCGUGCACUGGCAGUAAUGACCCUAAUCUGUGUACCACCCCCCAGCCCCUGGGGGGUAGGGGGAAUGGGGUCUUGCCUGUCCCUGGAAAGCUGACAAUCCCUGUCCCUAGGGCGGGAGAAGGCUGGGUCUGCCUACAGGAAGGAACAAGGUGGCACUUGGCGCCGCUAGGCUCUCAAGCACCCCUUCCCUGCUUUCUCCCCUCCCAUUCACCCCCCCCCCCCCCAGCCCUGCCCAGCCUUUUGCUCGGGAGAGGCAAGCUUAGGAGCUGGCUCGUGUACUCGGAAGUAGCUACUCCCCACCCCACUGAUAAGUCCUUGAAGGUGAGCACGGAACACUUUAGAAUCUAUUUUAGAAGUCACACCCUCUCAGAGCCGCUGUGUUCCUGGUGGCAGUUGACUUACAGAAAACAGUAAGGCUAGACCCUUGAAGCCAGUCACGGAAGAGGAACUGAUUGGUUCUUCCCAGGUUUGUCGUGUAGGGGUGCAGGCGAUUGGAGACAGGCAAGCUGGGGCUCAGAUUUGGCUUGGCAAGGGCAGCCAAAAGGGCCUCUCGCCCUUCUGUUCCCGAGGCCACUUUAGAGACUUCCCAGUCCUGUUACAGGUGCUAAUCCUGCCCAGCUUCCCAAACAGCGGCCGCACCCAGAGGCAGGAAGGAGAGCCUGGCUUCUCUGAAGUGGCAGCUAGCCUUAGAAACUUGAUUUUUCUGGAGAGGAAAGUAAAGACUGGUUAGACCUUGGUGGUACCCAUCACUGGAAAGGCCUCUAAGCCUGUAGAACCUGGUGAUAAUGGGGUGCUCCUGUGUGGUUGGGAGUGGUAAGCAGAGAACAGAAUCCCUUUCCCAAUUCUCACUACCAAAGGCAGGCAGCUUCUGUCCAGCUCAUGAUUGGACCCCAUGUCAGAGCCCCAGAACCCCACUCCACCACUCUUGGUUUGACCUGCUUUGAGUCUUAAGUGCCUGUGAGGUCUUCCCUGGGGCUUCUGAGAGAAGAUACCUCUCUUCACCCAGACACUGGCCCCCUAGCAGGUCCUGGCCCUGGCAAAGGCACCACAUUGUAUGUGUCACCCAAGGUCUUGAGGUAAGCAGUCUGUCUCUGCAGUUGACAAACUUCUUCAGUCAUGGCCACCAGGAAGAAAAAGAACUCCUAGCUCAUGUCCUCGGCUCUGUAAGAGGAAUCAGGAAUUUGGCAGGUAGCCAAAGGCAGUGAGCACAUUCUACCCUGAUCCUGCACACAGGCCCUCCCUGAAGGGCAGCAGAGGCCACUGAGCCAUAGCUAGGCUUGGGCUAAGCUGUCUAGCUAUGGUAGCUGGAUGCAGAAGCAGAACCCUGGAUUCCCUCCUAGGGCCCCCAACCUCUACCCCUUAAGCCCAGCAGCAAUACCUGUCCCACUUGUCACUCACCACCCUGUCCAUCUGGACCCCGCCUGUGUGAGGGACCCCCUCUGCUCCCCUGGAGGUGCCUGAAGGUCCGUGGGAGAGGAGUGCUACCUUCUUGGGUCACCUGCACAGACCUACACCUCUUGGAACCAUACUUUUGGGGUGAACAGGGUGACUUUGUUAGGUUGACUUUUCUAGAGAGAGAGCUCUUUCUCGUCUGUCCACCCACUAAAAGCCAUAGCUACCCCCAGCUAGCUUCCCUUUAAACUAUAGCAAUAGUUCUCUUCCUUUUCUCUUCUGGGUACCCAGGGUAUUCAGCUGCCUCUAUCAAACCCCAUCCCUAGGUUCAGACAGUAACCUACCUCCCUUUCCUCACAUGACCCUGUCAGUACCUCCCAAAUCCUGUUCCUCUGCUCACAGCAGAGAUAAUGAUAUCUGUGAGGUGUUUGCAGAGCUUCCAGAUGAAAGGGUCUAAGGGUACCACUGGAGAUCUCGGGGUGGGGGUUGGAUAAUGCAACUCUUCUGUCAGUGAGAGUGAUAGAAAGGCCCAGGCAGAUCCAGGAUUCUGGUGUUAUCAGCACACCCUUUCCCUCUUGUGGAAAUGAGGAAAGACUCCCUUCAUUGGUCAUCAGGCAAGGACUGCCUCAGGCUCCCACUCUGGGACACGCCCUGCCCUUAGCUUCCUUCUCUUCCCUUCAGCCACAGCCCAGGAAAGACCCAGUGGCCAAGAAGGGAACCAGCCAUUUAAUUUCUCUGUUGUACACAUCCCCAUCAAGAGACUGAGGUGGUUCACGUGGACACGCAGAGUCCUUAGCGGGUAUCCCACAUUGCAAGCGUAGGCAGACCAGAAGGAAGAGCAGUGGUGGUGUCCUACAUUCUAGAAGCCAUUCAGGAAGGCGUGAGCGAUGCAGUCCGGGGUUCUACACCCUUCAUCACUGUAUCCUUGCCAAGGCAGCCUGUUCUUUGCGGACCAGUUCUGGGCCAAGAUGGGGCAGCUCAUCCCUAUAUGAGCAGCAGGGUAGAGUCAUCCUGGAUGGAGGUGAAAGGGAAGGAGGCCAGAGGGUGUGAAGCAUCUUCUCAUCUGGGGUCGGGGGUCUCCUAGGCACCCAUUCCCACUUUUGUGCCAGCCUGGAAUGGGAGGCGUGCAGGGCAGAGCCUGCUCCACAUUCUCUGUUGGCUGCGCUUUUUAAUCCAGUGCUUUUCAGAGUGUAUUCACUCACCUACAGAAAUAGAGCCCUGUGCUGUAGGGGUGACUGUCAUAUGCCUUAUUCUUAAUAAAACGUUUGGAAAACA